AUGAGGUAUUACAUAUAUAUAAUUACCUUUGUUCUGUUCCUUUUGAAAGAUUUGGACGGAUCAGGUGUUACACAAACCUUAAGAUUUACACGGGAUACUUCAAGUGCAUCAGUACAAGAACCCCGUACCUGCAGCACAUGGGGACAAGGAGCAUUCAAGACUUUCACUGACGACUUUUAUUAUUUUACAUCAAAUUGUAGUUAUAUUCUGAGUCGCCAAUGCAAAGGUGACAAAGAAGAUUUUAAUGUGGAAAUUUUGCGUGACGCACAUGGCAAUUUAGAACACAUUUUCAUGAAAAUUGAAGACAGUUCUAUCGUUGUGGCAAAUGGUGAAAUCAAGGUUAAAAACAACAUAGUUUCAUUGCCAUACAAUGACAAGUUGAUUGAUAUACAGCAAUACGGAACUGAAGUACGCUUUUCAAACAAGAAACAUACUGUAUCUGUGAUCUGGAAUUAUAAUGAUGCACUGUCGAUAACUGUAGAUGUUCAAUACCAAGGGAAGUUAUGUGGACUUUGUGGACCUUUUGAUGAAAGUGUCUUAUCAACUUAUGAUUACCAGCAUACCCUACAGGCCAACCUGGAUACACAGAAUUCCUGUACAACUGUGUUCCCAGAAGAAACCACCUGUGAGUCCACUAAGGUAUGUUCGGAAAUCCCAAAGCAUUUCAAGUCAUGUUCUUCCGAGGUCAUCAACAAUAGAUUAAUGAAGAUGUGUCAGAUGAGUGUUUGUGCUUGUAGAGGAGCACCACGGUGUCAUUGUGCCAGCUUUGAAAGAGCAGCAAGGCAAUGCAUACAUGUAAAUCCACCAAUGUGGAAUACAUGGAGGGAUACUUAUAACUGCACACGCCCCAGCUGCCCAGGAAAUCAAGUUUUCCAAGAAUGUGGUCCGGCCUGUAUGCCCACAUGCACCGACCCAAACUCUCAACAACAGUGUGAUCAAUGUAUUAAUACAUGCGGUUGUAAAGCAGGUUUAGUCCUUGAUAACCUCAGAGGUGGUAACAGAUGCAUCAGUCAAGAAGAUUGUCCUUGUGAAUACAAUGGAGAAAUUUAUAGCGCUGGAAAAGAAAGAAAUUCUUUAUGCCAGUCAUGCACCUGUGAAGGUGGAAUGUGGGAUUGUAUCGAUCUUAACUGUCCUGGAACUUGCAAAAUUGAAGAAGGAACUCAUAUCACAACAUUUGACGGCACAUACUAUAAUCUAAUUGGAGAUUGCUCAUAUUAUGCUGUUGUUACGAAGGACUGGUCAGUGAAAAUUGAAAUGCAUCCAUGUAAUGCAGCAUACAAACAGACAUGUUUACAGCGAGUUACAUACACAAUACACCAGAACAUUUACACAAUUAAUAAUGAUGGCACUGUUCAACAUAAUGGAAAUACUAUGGAAUUGCCUCUUGGAAAUGGCAAUAUAAUGAUAUUUGAGCAGUCGUCACAUUACAUUCAAAUGCACGCAAAAUCUGGACUGAAGAUGCAAAUACAGAUAUCUCCCAUCAUGCAGCUUUACAUCUCACUGCCCAAAAGUGCCCAAGGAAGUACAAAAGGUUUAUGUGGCACCUUCAACGACAAUGCAGAAGAUGACUUUCUAUCUGCACAGAACAUUGUGGAACACACUUUCAUCCCAUUCAGUGACUCAUGGAAAGAUAAUGAGAAAUGCCCUUUACCAAAAUUGAAUCCAGUCUGUGUUAGCUCAGAAAAUGAAAACUUUGCCAAGGAACAUUGUGCCUAUUUGAAAGACCCCACAGGAGCUUUCUCCAGGUGCCAUGCCAUGGUAGAAUUUGAUAGGUAUUAUGAAAUGUGUAAAGCUGCCUCAUGUCACUGCAAGAAGGUCAGUGACUGUGUGUGUGCUGCAUUGGGAGCCUAUGCUCAUGCUUGUGCUUCAAAGGGCAUCACUGUGAAGAACUGGAGAAGAUCUGUGUGCAGAGUAAGUUGCCCCACUACACAAAUCUAUCACCACAAUGUGAGGGCUUGCAAUCGUACGUGCCAAUUUCUCUCAAGUCCUGAUUUCACUUGUGAGCUUCAAGAUGUUCCUGUUGAUGGUUGUGGCUGUGCUGAGGGACUGUACAUGAAUGAUAAGAAAGAAUGUGUGAACAGAGCACAAUGCCCCUGUUAUGUAAAUGGAAUGAUUAUACCACAAAACGAAAUUAUUUCUUUGAAUGGAAUGGAAUGUUUCUGUCUCAACGGAGUUCCUUCCUGUCCUAAUAGAAACAAAACACUCAUCUUAAAAGAUUGCAAGAAACAAAAUAAAGUAUUUUCGGAUUGUGAAAUUGCUGGUGAAUGCAAGAGGACAUGUGAAACUCUAAAUAAACCAUGUUCAAAACCAUGUGUCCCUGGGUGUGUCUGCCCAAAAGGAUUGGUAGAAGAUUCCAGUGGAAGAUGCAUUGCACCAUUCCAAUGUCCUUGUUUAUUUGGAGGUGAAAAAUUUUUGCCUGGAGAAACAAUCAAAAGUGACUGCAAUACAUGCAAAUGCAAAGGUGGAAUUUGGAAUUGCACCAACGAUCCAUGUCCAAAGACCUGCCAUGUUUACGGAGAUGGGCACUACAUAACCUUUGAUGGAAAACGAUACAGCUUUGAUGGAAACUGUGAAUAUAUCUUUGUUGAGGAUCAGUGUCUACAGGACUCCGGCACAUUCCAAAUACUGACAGAAAGUGUUUCCUGUUGUGCAAAAGGAGUUACGUGUUCAAGGAAUAUCCGAAUCUUAUUUGAGGAAAAGGAAAUAAUUCUGCUAAGUGAAAGUGGUGUGAGUGAAGUGUCGCUUCGCGAUAACCAGUGCACAGAUAAAUCAUACUCGGUUCACACUGUUGGACUCUACUUAGUCUUGACAUUUUCCAAUGGAAUCACUGUGAUAUGGGACAAACGUACAAGAUUUUCAGUCACAUUGGAUCCUAGAUGGAAGAAUAAAGUUUGUGGUCUUUGUGGAAAUUUCAACGAUGAGCUUGAAGAUGAUUUGUCAACAAAGGGGAAUUCCUUGAUGACCAACUUUGUGGAGUUUGGGAACAGUUGGAAGUCCAUGCGAUCAUGUGCCAAUGCAUUAAGUCGAACAUUUCCUUGUGAAAACAAUCCAUAUUGUUUAGCUUGGGCUCAGAAGAGGUGCAGCAUAAUUACUGGUCCCAUCUUUCAAGCCUGUCAUAAAAUAGUUGACCCAACUCCAUAUUAUGAAGCUUGUGUCCAAGAAGCUUGCGCCUGUGAUAUGGAGGGAAAAUAUUUGGGUUUGUGCACUGCUAUUGCAGUGUAUGCAGAAGCAUGUAACAAAGCCAAUGUUUGUAUUCACUGGAGAACUCCAGAUCUGUGCCCUGUGUUCUGUGAAUAUUAUAACACCCCUGACGGCUGCAUUUGGCACUAUCAGCCAUGUGGAACAGUAACAACAAAAACAUGCUUAAGCCAUUUCAUUGGAAAAAAGUAUUCUGCAGUUCUUGAAGGUUGCUAUGCCAAGUGUCCAGAUAAUGCUCCUUACUUGGAUGAAAAUACUAUGAAAUGUGUUACAUUACCUCGGUGCACAUGUUAUUAUGAAGGAAGGAUUUUACAACCCGGUGAAAUAACAAUGAAUGAUUGUGAAGAAUGUGUGUGCCACAACGGAAUCACAACUUGCAGACAAGUAACAACAGCAGCAACAACAACCACUGAAUCUACGACCAGUUCAACAACAGAAGAAACAACAACAACACCAACCACAACUAAAUCUACGACCACUUCAACAACAGUAGAAACAACAACACCAACAACAACAACCACAACUGAAUCUACGACCACUUCAACAACAGGAGAGACAACUACCACAACGACACCAAGCACCACUACUUCCACAAUAGUAGAAACAACAACACCAACAAUAACAACCACAACUGAAUCUACGACCACUUCAACAACAGUAGAAACAACAACACCAACAACAACAACCACAACUGAAUCUACGACCACUUCAACAACAGUAGAAACAACAACACCAACAACAACAACCACAACUGAAUCUACGACCACUUCAACAACAGAAACAACAACACCAACAACAACAACCACAACUGAAUCUACGACCACUUCAACAACAGAAGAGACAACUACCACAACGACACCAAGCACCACUACUUCCACAAUAGUAGAAACAACAACACCAACAACAACAACCACAACUGAAUCUACGACCACUUCAACAACAGUAGAAACAACAACACCAACAACAACAACCACAACUGAAUCUACGACCACUUCAACAACAGUAGAAACAACAACACCAACAAUAACAACCACAACUGAAUCUACGACCACUUCAACAACAGUAGAAACAACAACACCAACAACAACAACCACAACUGAAUCUACGACCACUUCAACAACAGUAGAAACAACAACACCAACAACAACAACCACAACUGAAUCUACGACCACUUCAACAACAGUAGAAACAACAACACCAACAACAACAACCACAACUGAAUCUACGACCACUUCAACAACAGAAGAGACAACUACCACAACGACACCAAAAACAACAACACCAACAAUAACAACCACAACUGAAUCUACGACCACUUCAACAACAGAAACAACAACACCAACAACAACAACCACAACUGAAUCUACGACCACUUCAACAACAGUUGAAACAACAACACCAACAACAACAACCACAACUGAAUCUACGACCACUUCAACAACAGUAGAAACAACAACACCAACAAUAACAACCACAACUGAAUCUACGACCACUUCAACAACAGUUGAAACAACAACACCAACAACAACAACCACAACUGAAUCUACGACCACUUCAACAACAGUAGAAACAACGACACCAACAACAACAACCACAACUGAAUCUACGACCACUUCAACAACAGGAGAGACAACUACCACAAUGACACCAAGCACCACUACUUCCACAAUAGUUGAAACAACAACACCAACAACAACAACCACAACUGAAUCUACGACCACUUCAGCAACAGUAGAAACAACAACACCAACAACAACAACCACACCUGAAUCUACGACCACUUCAACAACAGAAAAAACAUCAACACCGACAACCACCAUCGAAACUACAACUGAGCCCUAUUGUCCAGGUGAAUGGAGUCCUUGGAUCAAUAAAAAUACACCAUCUCCACUCAAUCCAAAUGAUUAUGAGUCGCUGAAACCAGGAGGCAAACCAUUGUGUCAACCUUCUUAUAAAAUUACAAACAUUCAGUGCCAGUUUGCCAACAAAUCUGACUGGCCACUCAGUUUAUCAUCGAAUGUUGUGACAUGCAAUACAGACAUAGGGCUGAUGUGUAGUGUCUCUGACAAAACUGUGGGAGAUUUGUGUAAUGACUACAGAAUUAGAGUUUGCUGUGAGCCAACUGAAGAGACUACGACUGUCCCCACUACAACUGCUAGUGAAGAAUGUUUCUGUGAUACAAAUCCACGAAGAAAGUGCAAUGAAACAUGGAAAGAAAACUGCGCAACCCAUACUUGUGUUAAAGACGUAAUGUUCAAAAUUGAACAUGUUGCCUGUGAAAUGCCUUUGAAACCAAAGUGUUACAAUGGAUUAAGACCUGUCAGAGUUAAAACCGAAGAUGGUUGCUGUUCAGCAUGGGAUUGUGAAUAUGAUUGUCAUGUAUGGGGAGGUCGACAUUAUCGUACCUUUGAUGGUAUAUUCUAUAACUUCUUUGAAAAUUGUGCACAUAUUCUUGUGCAAGAAAUUGUACCAAAAUACAACUUUACUGUGAUACUUGAUAAUUAUUACUGCACAUCAUCAAUGCCCAAAACCUGCCGCCGAACAUUAAUUAUCCAUUAUGGAGGAAAUGUCAUACAUCUGCUUUCUGGAUAUCAACCCAGCGUGCUAUUCAAUGGUAUACCUGUGAGUUUCCCAUAUGAUGCAGAAGGAGUUAACAUUUCAAGGAUGGGUUUCAAUGUACGCAUUAGUCUUCCUUACAUUCGAACCACUAUUACUGGUCACAAACAUAAUUUCAGGAUCCAAGUACCAGAGCAGUAUUUCCUAGACAACACACAAGGACAAUGUGGUUAUAUUUCCAAAAACAAGAAUGAUGAUUGUAGAAGAAGGGAUGGAAAAGUAGAGCCUCCUAACUGCUGUCACAAAACUGCUUUUGACUGGAAAAUCGAUGAUCCCAAUAAACCACAAUGUAGAACAGCACCUACAAAUGUGCCUUGCACUCCUCCUCCCCCUCCUCCAUCAUGUAAACGUGCAGCUGUGUGUGAUGUCCUAAAGGAAGAAGUAUUCAGCACGUGUAGCAACAAUAUGUAUUUUGACUACUACUACAAGGCAUGUCAGUUUGACAAUUGUGAGAUGAAUGGAAGAAAAAAUUGUUCCAGCCAAGAAGACGGGAGUUGUGAAUCAGGUUCACGUUCUGCAGAAGAUUUGGAUUCAGGUUCUAAAGAACAGAUGGGCUCAGGUUCUAAAGAACAGAUGGGCUCAGGUUCUAAAGAAAAGUCAGGCAAAGGUUCUAAAGAAAAGUCGGGCUCAGGUUCUAAAGAAAAUUCGGGCAAAGGUUCUAAAGAAAAGUCGGGCUCAGGUUCUAAAGAACAGAUGGGCUCAGGUUCUAAAGAACAGAUGGGCUCAGGUUCUAAAGAAAAGUCAGGCAAAGGUUCUAAAGAAAAGUCGGGCUCAGGUUCUAAAGAAAAUUCGGGCAAAGGUUCUAAAGAAAAGUCGGGCUCAGGUUCUAAAGAACAGAUGGGCUCAGGUUCUAAAGAAAAGUCAGGCAAAGGUUCUAAAGAAAAAUCGGGCUCAGGUUCUUCAGAAGAUGAUUGCUCCAGUCGUGAAGGUGAUAAGUGUAAGUCGAACACCCCGAAAAUUGAUUGUUCCAGCCUUGAAGCAGCUGCUGAAAUGUGUAGAAGAGCUGGGUCAUGUGUUGACUGGAGAACAUCUACAAAUGGAUUAUGCGACCAUGUUUGUCCAAAUGGCUUCAUCUAUAAGGCCUGUUCGAGUCAUAAUCACAAUUAUUGCAAGAACAAUAUGAUGAUAUUGGGAGACAAAUUCGAUACGCCCACUGAAGGAUGCUUUUGUCCAGAUGGAAUGAUGCUAUCUGAAGAUGAAACCCAGUGUGUUCCUUCAUGUAUUAGAUGCGAAGACUUUUCAGGAAGAUUAAGAAAUGAAGGUGAAACUUGGUUUCACCCCAAUAACACAUGUGUACACUUCACAUGUACAAAAGGUGUGGUUGUAGAGACUAAAAUAACAUGUUCUUCUCAAUCAAGCUGUGAUGAGGCUUCUAAAGUAUGGGAUGAAUUCCACUGCUGCUAUCAAUGUCCCUUAGAAGUCCAACGAUGUGCAGUUCAACCUAAGCGGAUUAAAUUAACCAAGGAUGUUUGUUCAGCAUUUGUUGAAGUGAACUCAUGUGAAGGAUUCUGCAGGUCAUUCUCCAUAUUUAAUUCCAUGAAAAAUGGCAUGAUGCACAAAUGUGAAUGUUGUCAAGAAAAUGAAGUAGAGGAAAAAGAAACAACACUGAACUGCCACGAUGGAAAAACUAUGAAGUACAAGUACUCCUCUGCAAAGACUUGCACAUGUAAACUUUGCAAAGACAAACCAGUCUUUGCAAAACUGUAGGUUUGCACAUCUAGUCAACUGCAAAAAAAUUAAUGUGAUUACAUCUUAAAUGAUACAGAAAUUUUAAAAUGUUUAGUAUGUGUAUUUAUCUUUGGUAGAAUAAGCAAUUGAUUAUUGGUGAUUUUAAGAAAAAAUAUUUGCUAUCUAUAUUUGCUUAUGUGGUGAAAGUAGGAAUGUACUCUAAAUCAUACCUUCUGUUAGA